AUGGGGAAGUCCUGGAAGGAGACAAGGCUGAGGUUGUAUAAUGCUUAUUUCGAGCCAACGUUCACGACUAAACAAAAUAUUGAGAACCGUCCGCCGGGAAUCGAUCGAGAGCAUUUGAGAUGGUUCCUUGACUAUCGCGCCAAACCUGAAACGAAGUCGGAACAACAAGGGAGAAUAGUCGGAAGAGGGGAGUUAUGGAUCGCAGUGCACAAAAAAAAGGACGGCUCCUACAUGAAUGAUGAAGCAAGAGCAAUCGGUCUUACUUUAAUUGUCAUUGUUAAUUUGCCUGUUAUGUUUAUAGACUUUUUGAACUUCGACGAAAGAAUUGAGGAGAUUGAGCAACAGGAUGAGUCAUCUAGGGUGUUGUCUCAGAAUGAUUCCAUUGCUCAGGUUUUCGGAAAAGAGAAACCGGGUAGAGUACGUGGUGUGGGUUUUGGACCGACUCCUAGUCAACUCUUCGGUCCAAAUUCACAUGGGCCUGGCAACGGAGUCCAACAAGAGGAGACUCAGAGGAAGCUGCUUGAACUGGAGGCACAGCUGGAAGGCGAGAAGUUGAAGAGGAAGGCAAUGGAGAGUGCUCUAAUUUAUCUGUUUCAACGGCAGGGUGAGGAGCUGCCACCAGACAUCGCUGCAGGGAUGAGUUUUGUGGGAUGA